GGACCGUGUGCAGUCUGUAGAUGGGAACUAGCUGCUCACACGUAUGCAGUGUAUAUAGCUCUUAUCAUGUUAUAAGGAUGUUUCAGUCUAGUAUGCUGGUGAUUAACUCUUAAAGUUUACAGAUGGAACUUGAUGAAUCACUUCAGCCAAAGGGAAUAUUUGAGUGCCAGUUAUGCAGAUUAUCUGUCCCGUACACAUACUUUGGUCAGAAACCUCCAAAUACACAUUCCCUUGUACUCCUGGAGGAGAGUUUUAUUAUGAAAGACCCCUUCUCUCCUGACAAAGACGCAUUUCUGAUUCUUGGAUCUCCGUGUAGUUUGUGCAAUCGAGUGGUCUGUGUCGGCACUGAAUGCAGUCUUUUCUAUGCCAAACGAUUUUGUCUUCCCUGUGUCCUCAAGAACAAAGAUGGGUUUCCUCCGGAGAUUCGACAAGACCUGGAUAAAAGGAAGAGCCAAUCAAAAUCUUAGCUGUCAAUAGAAUGUUAUUGCAGAUCAGAGACUUCUGCCUCAGUGACCAUGAUGGAAGUUUUGUCUUUCUAAUUGCAGCUGAACUUGUCACUUGGAUUAUGGAGUUUAUAGUUAGUAUUUAUGUCAAAUUGCCAUAUUUAUAUCCACUGACAGCUUUAAAGGGACACUGAACACACAUUUUUUUCUUUCAUGUUUCAGAUAGAGCAUGAAAUUUUAAGCAACUUUCUAAUUUACUCCUAUUAUACAUUUUUCUUCAUUCUCUUGCUAUCUUUAUUUUAAAAGCAGGAAUGUAAAUCUUAGCAGCCAGCCCAUUUUAGGUUCAGAACCAUGGAUAGCACUUGCUCAUUGGAGGCUUACAUUUACCCACCAAUAAGCAAGCAUAACCCAGUUUCUCAACUAAAAAUGGGCCGGCUCCUUUGCAUCACAUUCCUGCUUUUUACAUAAAGAUAACAAGAGAACAAAGAAAUUGAUAA